AGUACCGGGGUAGGAGAGCUCCCUCAAAAAGUGUUCGAUAUAUACAUAAACACGCUUAAAGCUCGUAUUCAUCUAGUUAUUUGUUUGGGACGAGGUUUGUUGAGAAGUUACACCGUGGAGCCAAGUGACGUUUGGGGAUUUCCAGUAGUGGCAACAGCCAAUAGGAGGCGAGCUGGAUGCGGAAACGCCAAAUGUCUGCAAAUCCACUUGGCGUGUGCUGAAGACAUGGACGUUUUUAACGGCGCGGCUGAGCGAGGACUGUCCGACUUUGACCUCAUCCAAGAGAUCAUCACAGAGGAGCGCACAGGUGUGUCUCUCCCCAGGCCGCUGCCUCCUCCUGCCGAGCCGUGCAGCCAGAACCACAGGAAGCUGCAUCAGAACACCUCUUCGCCGCCCUCUCACCAAGUACUGGUGGCCAGAGGUACUGCGUGUCAGACAAGCUGCAGCUACGCACAGCCUCUCCAGCAGCCCUGCUCCUCCCAGAAUAUGUCUCGUCCUACACCGUCCUCGGGCCAUCGUCAUCUCCAUCAUCAUCUUCAUCAUCAUCAUCUCCAAGCCGACCCCUCUCGGCGUGGUCUAGGGUGCCCGAUGACCUCAAAGGCCGCCGGCCCCGUCUCCUCUCAGGGGCGCGGAGCAGAGGCAAAUAUGCUGGAGCGUGUUCUGGAGAAGCCCAAACUGGUGGUGGUCGAGCAGCCCAAAGAACGAGGCAUGAGGUUUCGCUACGUGUGCGAGGGCCGCUCGGCCGGCAGCAUCAUGGGGGCGUCCGGGACGGAAAUCAACAAGACUCAGCCUGCCAUCGAGAUUGAAGGCCCCAUAGACCACUUGAAGAAGGUGACAGUCACCAUUUCCCUGGUGACCAAAGACCCCCCACAUCGGCCGCACCCCCACUGCCUGGUGGGAAAGGACUGCCCCGAGAAGUCGGGAAUCUGCGUCGUGACGCUAAAUCCUCACAGCAACAGACGACACAGCUUUGCUAACCUGGGCAUCCAGUGUGUGACGAGGAGAGAACUGGACGUCUCACUUCAGAGGAGAAAAAGCCAGAAUAUUGACCCCUUUCAAACUGGUCACUCCAAGGGCAUCGAGGACAUGGAUAUGAAUGCAGUGCGUCUGUGUUUCCAGUGUGAACUGGAGUGGGAGGACGGCAGAACGGACAGCCUCAGCCCCGUGGUGUCCAACCCCGUUUAUGACAAAAAAGCAACCACCACAUCGCAGUUAAAAAUCAGCCAGUUGAACCAAUACAGAGGACCUUGCACUGGCAAGACCGAGAUCUACAUGCUGUGUGACAAAGUGCAGAAAGACGACAUAGAGAUCAUCUUCAGGCGCGGGUCGUGGAAGGCGAACGCCGAGUUUGCCCAGACGGACGUUCACCGGCAGAUUGCCAUCGUGUUUAAAACACCGCCCUAUUGUGACCAGGACAUCACGGAGGAAGUGGACGUCAGCGUCACGCUACGCCGUCUCUCGGACCAGAUCGAGAGCGAGCCCAUCAGCUUCACGUACUCGCCAAACAACACAGUGGUGACAUUGCUGGUUUUACGAGCAGAGGAGCAUGUUCGGCAGCGCACACACAAUCCUUAUGAUGUGAAGCGGAAGAGGAAGAUCAAGCCCGAUGUCAACUUCCAGGAAAAAGCCAACAUAAAAGCCGAGUCAGCACCAGAGCAGACCUUCCACGUCCCUCAUGCCGUCAUGUCGCCAAGCGAGAGGCUGUGCUCUGCGCAGGCGGCGUCGUCCACUCUGGCGGAGAUGUGGUACACCGAGUCACAGGACAUAGACAUGGACACGGAAAACCUCAUUAGCCAGCUGCUAGAACUGCUCCCGGACGAGGCGAUAGUAUCCGCCAUCCCCUCUGGAUUCGAUCAGGGCCCGGAUGGCGGCCACGCCCCCUUCGCCAACAUGGACGCCAACCUCAACCAGACGUUUGGCUCGUACACACAGGACUUUUCCCACUACUCAGACUUGCAGUUCAACAUGCUGGUUAACGAGAACCGGAACAUGCAGCCUGAGACGCAGGCCAGCCCGUCCAACGCGGUCCAGGUGAAGAUAGAAGUCCCACCAGCCGGUAUGGAGGAGUAUUUGGACUCCAAAGCAGAGACUCAGGCAAUGUUGGACUGUAAUGAUUUAUUUAACGAAAGGGAGCACGCUGGUGUAGAAAAAGCCACACAACAAUAGUUUGAGAGAACAAGAAAGUACAAACAAGAAUGGGACGAAACGUAAACUGAAUGCAGAUCAGAAGAACAAAAAUUAAAUUAGUCUCCACCCAGAAAAAAACAUACCGGAGCUACUGACAUUGCAAAGGAAUAGUCAGGUGACAGGUGUGGAAACCACAGGGCUUAAUAAGACCUGCUUGCAAAGUGCAAUCAGGUGAGCGGGUUGUGGCUCCGCCCCCAGAACGCCAAAAAUGGGCUCUGCAGCAGAAAAGCGGUGAACUGGCACAGCAGUCUGCAGACAGAAAGAAGCAUGGCAGGUAGGCGACCUGGGAGGGCAGGAAGCAUCAGAAAAGAGUCUGUGCCACAUCAGAAUCCAGCCAUUUUCUGUGAAGUAACAAUAUAUGCAAACAUUUUAGUAGUUACUAGAGCAUUUGAAAACAAUCAUCACUUGAAAAGGCCUUCCAUCCAUCCAUCCAUUUUUUCCUCGCUUAUCUGAGGUCGGGUCGCGGGGGCAGCAGCCUAAGCAGAGAAUCCCAGACUUCCCUCUCCCUAGCCACUUUGUCCAGCUCCUCCCGGGGGAUCCCGAGGCGUUCCCAGGCCAGCCGGGAGACAUAGUCUUCCCAACGUGUCCUGGGUCUUCCACUUGGCCUCCUGCCGGUCGGACGUGCCCCAAACACCUCCCUAGGGAGGUGUUCGAGUGGCAUCCUGAGUAGAUGCCGGAACCACCUCAUCUGGCUCCUCUCCAUGUGGAGGAGCAGCAGCUUUACUUUGAGCUCCUCCCGGAUGACAGAGCUUCUCAUCCUAUCUCUAAGGGAGAGACCCGCUACCCGGUGGAGGAAACUCAUUUCGGCCACUUGUACCCGUGAUCUUGUCCUUUCGGUCAUAACCCAAAGCUCAUGACCAUAGGUGAGGAUGGGAGCGUAGAUCGACCGGUAAAUUGAGAGCUUUGCCUUCCGGCUCAGCUCCUUCUUCACCACAACGGAUCGAUACAGCGUCCGCAUUACUGAAGACGCCACACCGAUCCGCCUGUCGAUCUCACGAUCCACUCCUCCCCCACUCGUGAGCAAGACUCCGAGGUACUUGAACUCCUCCACUUGGGGCAAGAUCUCCUCCCCAACUUGGAGAUGGCACGCCACCCUUUCCCGGGCGAGAACCAUGGACUCUGACUUGGAGGUGCUGAUUCUCAUCCCAGUCGCUUCACACUCGGCUGCGAAACGAUCCAGUGAGAGCUGAAGAUCCUGGCCAGUUGAAGCCAUCAGGACCACACCAUCUGCAAAAAGCAGAGACCUAAUCCUGCAGCCACCAAACCGGAUCCCCUCAACGCCCUGACUGCGCCUAGAAAUUCUGUCCAUAAAAGUUAUGAACAGAAUCGGUGACAAAGGGCAGCUUUGGCCGAGUCCAACCCUCACUGGAAACGGGUCCGACUUACUGCCGGCAAUGCGGACCAAGCUCUGACACUGAUCAUACAGGGAGCGGACCGCCACAAUCAGACAGUCCGAUACCCCAUACUCUCUGAGCACUCCCCACAGGACUUCCCAGGUACACGGUCGAAUGCCUUCUCCAAGUCCACAAAGCACAUGUAGACUGGAUGGGCAAACUCCCAUGCACCCUCAAGGACCCUGCCGAGAGUAUAGUUCCACGACCAGUACGAAAAGGCCUUUUAAACACAAAUUUAAACCAUGUCAUUGUCCAACCACAACCCUUGAUAGCCAAUUUCAGGAAAUACUUUUGUUUGGCUACCAAAUCAAAAACCCUGACAAACUAUUAGUUUGUCGUAAUCAGUGAGGACUUGUUUAUGCUAAGAUAUGCUGGCACUUUUUCCCCAAAACAAUCUUUUUAAACACAAGUUUACACUGAAAUACACAUGUAAGGCAACUGUAAAUAUAAAAAUGAAGUGGCUUUGGAAAACAAUCAUUGAAAUGGCCUUUUUAACACAGUAUUCACUGUCUGCUAGUUAAUCCAGGAAAUAGUCGGUUUUACAUCUAAAUCCAGUCUUUCUGAGGUACUAAAAAUGUUGUUUAUGCGUUUGUUAAAUUUGCUUUUGCAAAACAAAAAGGAAAGAAAGAUGUAAAAAGAACAUAUUACAUCAUACAGUCAAGGUAGUUCUCAAAAAGAUUUUUGAGAAUUCUUGGUCAGUAAAAUCAGUCUAAUGAGCAGAGAACCUACGUUCUCAUUAGGGGCCCAUUGAUUUUUAUUUCCUGUUUUGUUUCUGCCAGUCCAUACUGUUCUGUUAAACUUCCUAAAGUACCAGUAUCUGUAUACAUUUCACUGUUGGCAUUGUAACAUUUGAAAUAGUAAUUCAAUUGAUUAACUGACAACGUUAAAUUAUCUUUAAAAAUAUGUGCCUCGGCUUAUAAAGUUUGGGGAACAUUGGGAAACAUUAGGCUAAUUAAUCAUUUUGUUACACGCUCUGUUAAGAUAAUAUUUUUUCAAUUAUCAUCGAACGUUAUGUUGAGCAAAUCCUACCACUAAAAAGACCUUAAAAUGUUUCCUAACCUCUUACACUACGUGAUGCACUUAUUCAGUUCAUAUAGCCUGCCAACUAAUCCAGGGAAUCGUCUGUUCAACAGUUAAAAUUAAUAAGUGAGGACUAAUUUAUACCUUUUCCAAAGCAAUUACCUAAUUCUCCAAUUUAGAUUAGUCUUAUCACUAAAAAAAAAACAUUUUUCCCAACAGUGUGCACCUUGGACUGCAUGUAUUUGAUGAAUAUACUGUACGUCUUACACUAGCCAUUGAUGAACCCUGAAGGCCUUGCUGGUCAUGGCUUUAAUGAAAAGGAGCUGGACAGCAUUACCAAACACACACAGUACAGACCAAAAGUUUGGACACACCUUCUGAAUGGGUGAAUGUGGAAAAUAGUGUCAAAGCGCUUUGAGUUCCUUAAAAAGGUAGAAAAGCGCUAUACAAGUACGACCCAUUUACCAUUCUCCUCAUUCAAGGCGUUUUCUUUAUUUUCAUGACUAUUUACAUUGUAGAUUGUCACAUCAAAACUAUGAAUGAACACAUGUGGAGUUAUGUACUUAACAACAAAAUAAUAAACAUUUUUCGAUUGCGAUUAUAAGACGCACUGCUGAUGAAUGGUUUAUUUUUGAUCUAUUUUCAUAUAUAAGGCGCACCGGAUUAUAGGACGCAUUAAAGGAGUCAUAUUAUUAUUAUUAUUAUUUUUGCAUAAUAUUGCGAAACAAAACGCCAGACAUGUCUUACCUUAUUCUCACACCAUAAUAAUACUCUUAUGUUGAAGCGCAUCAAGCGGUGUGGCUUCAUAGCUUACCAAAGUCGUACUAAAACAUUUUAAAUAGAUUUUUAAGCGCCGAGUGUAAUGUUCUAUAUUUUCAAUGGAACAUAUAAAAGGUUGGUGUUGUUUACUUGAGACAUAUUGCCAUCAUAGUGCAGCCUACACUUACUCUUAUGUUUGACUGCCAUCUACUGGUCACACCUAUCAUUACACCAUGUACCAAAUAAAAUACCUUUGAGGUGGGUAAGCUCAACCAAACGUAUUCCUUACAUACAUCCUUGGGGGAUGGCGUGGCGCGGUUGGGAGAGUGGCCGUGCCAGCGGGGUGGUUCGAUCCCCGCCUACCAACUUCGUCACGUCCGUUGUGUCCUUGAGCAAGACACUUCACCCUUGCUCCUGAUGGGUGGUGGUUAGGGCCUUACAUGGCAGCUCCCGCCAUCAGUGUGUGAAUGUGAAAAUAGUUUCAAAGCGCUUUGAGUACCUUGAAGGUAGAAAAGCGCUAUACAAGUAUAACCCAUUUACCAUUACCAUUUUUAUCAGGUGCACCGGGUUAUAAGGUGCACUGUCGAGUUUUGAGGGGGGAAAAAAUGAUUUUAAGUGCGCCUAAUAGUCCGGAAAAAUACGGUAACCGAAAACAUGUUUUGUAUUCUAGUUUCUUCAAAAUAGCCACCCUUUGCGAGCAAAGGGUGGCUAUUUGCACACUCUUGGCAUUCUCUCCAUGAGCUUCAAGAGGUAGUCGCCUGAAAUGGUUUUCACUUCACAAGUGUGCUUGAAGCUCAAGAGUGUGCAAAGCAGUAAUCGGAGCAAAGGGUGGCUAUUUUGAAGAAACUAGAAUAUAAAACAUGUUUUCAGUCAUUUUUAACUCCAUAUGUGUUCAUUCAUAGUUUUGAUGUGACAAUCUACAAUGUAAAUAGUCAGGAAAAUAAAGAAAACCAAUUGAAUGAGGAGAAGGUGUGUCCACAUUUUUGGCCUGUACUGUGUGUUCGCGUGCGUGUUAGUAGUGCUACAUUAGCAUGUAGCUUUAAAAAAAAAAAAAAAAAAAAAGCAAAAGUUGUUAUUGUACAAAUGUCUGUCUGUGACGGCUGGAUUAUAUUCCAUAAAUUGGUGUCUGUGUCUGUGCCUAAUCUGUAGAUAAACUGAAGAAUAGCGUGAAGAUAAUUCUGUGUUUUGUUAUAAUUGUGGAUUUGUGGGAGACAAGAAUCCACACCCUCGAGAUCACACGCAAUGUAGUUUAGGACCUAAAUAGAAAGUGGAACAUUCCCAUGUAAAAAUGUAAAUAAAAUGUCGAAAUGUCGCAUCUUUUUUUCGUACUUUUUCUGAAGAAGCUCCCCCCCCAAAAAAAGUACUUUCCAUAUGUUUGCACCAGCAGUCCAUGUUACAGUCAGAAUAUACGAAACCUCUUCCGAGUAGUUCUUUGCUUUCUGAUGACUCACUCAGUCUUUUGUUGAACGUUAUAUAAUCAAACCUGAUUGGACAAAUACUUUAUGUCUGCAAUAGUCCUAAUUAUAUUACACUGUUCAUUUGUAUUGCCUCACUUUUUAACAGUGUGGAUGAAGCACAGAUGUUCAUGUCAAUGAUCUGAUCUGGUCACCUUAGUUUACUUCCUCAAGGGAAACCCCACUCAGCCAUUCUGGGCCGACCUCCAACGGUUGCCGCGUUUCCUGUCAUGAAUUAAUUUUUUUAUGUUACUUCAACUGCACGCUCAUCUCCUUUCCAAGGAGUUUCUGAGUCUUUUUUUUACCCAGGUUUUGACCUUUUCUUUUGGUAUUUAUUCAUUGUGUUUGUAGAACAGUUCCUGCUUUAUCCAUCAUGCAGAUAUACAUUAUUCCAAGAGAGAAAAGAGGACUUCAUUAUCAUUUUGCAUUUCCCCUUCUCAAAGCAGUAGGAAAGAGAUCUGACUUGCAGAAUAACUCGGGGGCAGUGCAUCUCCACACUUCAUUUAGUCCAGGGGUCGGCAAUCCAAAACGUUGAAAGAGCCAUAUUGGACCGAAAAAUACAAAAAACUAAUCUGUCUCCAGCCACCAAAAAUUAAAAGCCGUAUAUAUGUGUUAUAAUGAAGGCAACACAUGAUGUAAGUGUCUAUAUUAGCUAUAUUAUGACUAAGUCUUA